CGCGUUCACGCGUCCAUCAAACUGUCAAAACUUGUGUGAAGACCUUGAAGAGCACUUUGCUUGAGUGAUAACCACUUCAACCACGGUAAACAUUUGUGCUAGCAGACAAAGAUGUGGAAGUCAGUCGUGGGCCACAAUGUGAGCAUGAAGGUGGCUGCAGAAGGGGACGACUGGGAGACUGACCCUGAUUUUGAGAAUGACGUGUCAGAGCAGGAGCAGAGGUGGGGAGCAAAGACCAUCGAAGGCUCGGGCCGCAAAGAGCACAUCAGUGUUGCAGAGCUCAGAAACAGAGUGACCAAGGAACAUGAGCAGGUGAAGCUGAAGGAUGACACUCCCAAAGCAUCGUAUGGAUAUGGAGGGAAGUUUGGAGUGGAGAAGGACCGAAUGGACAAGGUGGCUUUGGGGCAUGACUACGUGGCACAAGUGGACCAGCACUCCUCUCAGAAAGAUGCAGCAAAAGGGUUUGGUGGGAAAUACGGUGUUCAGAAAGACCGUGUUGACAAGUCUGCCAUGGGCUUUGAAUACAAAGGAGAGGUGCAGCAACAUGCAUCUCAGAAAGAUUACUCAAAGGGCUUUGGAGGAAAGUACGGGGUGGAGAAGGAAAAAGUGGACAAGGCCGCUCUGGGGUACGACUACAAAGGCCAGACAGAGAAGCACCAGUCACAGAAAGGUGAGUUUAAUUUAAAGCAGUGUAUUUUCAGCAUCAGAUUUGACACUUUUUUUUGUGAAAUCAGAUCCUCUUUGAUGUACUUUUCAAUUUCCCACUCAGACUAUUCAAAGGGAUUUGGAGGGAAGUAUGGAGUAGAGAAGGAGAAGGUGGACAAAGCUGCGUUAGGCUACGAUUACAAAGGCGAGACGGAGAAGCAUCAGUCACAGAAAGAUUAUUCAGCGGGCUUUGGGGGUCGUUACGGAGUACAGGCAGACCGUAUGGAUAAGAGCGCAUCUGGCUUCUCAGACAUCGACUCCCCCUCCUCCGCUUAUGAAAAGACACAACCAAUAGAGGCCUCAAGUUCAGGAGCAGGAAAACUGAAGGCCCGUUUUGAGAACAUGGCCAAGGCUUCGGAGGAGGAGAACAGGAAGAAAGCAGAGGAGGAGAGAGCGAGAAGACAAGCCAGAGAGAGCCGAGAAAGAGAGGCAGCCAAACACAGGCAGGAGGAGGAGAGCCGCAGAGAGCAGGAAGUUCAACCACCAGUUGUUCCAGAUAUGAGAGAGUGUUCUAUGCCACAGCAAGAAAUCCACCAGCACAUGCCCGAGAUAGAAGAAACACCAGAGCCAGAACCGGAGGAUGCAGAGUAUGAGGAGCCCCCAGCUCUGCCCCCACGCUCUGAGGAUUUACUGGAUGAUGAAGUCGAUGCUCCACCCCUGCCUCAAAGGUCAGCAGAUGUGGAGGAAGAGGACGAUGAGGGGGACUAUGACAAUCUCGCUGAACCACCUCCUGUACCGACAGAGACGGACCACGACUAUGAGGACCUGUCAUGUGGCCAGAGGGCAGUUGCAAUUUAUGACUAUGAAGGAGAGGCCGACGACGAAAUCUCCUUCAACCCAGAUGACAUCAUCACCAAUAUUGAGAUGAUUGACGAGGGCUGGUGGAAGGGACAGUGUCACGGACAGAUCGGCCUCUUCCCAGCUGCUUAUGUUAAGCUAAUGGACUGAGCUGCAUGCUCAAUGGGCAUCUUGCAAUCACAGGUUUAAGGUGGUAAAAGUUCAUUUCAUCAUCGUAUUUAUGAAACUGAUCUCUGCAAAUUUGUACUUAAAUGGCUUCUAAUAAAAUUAUUUCUAUACUUGUCAAUCAAUGCAUUCACAUGAGAAACAAGGACUUGGAUCAUGUAGCAGCAAUGAUCUGAUUGAACAAAUAAACAGUUUAACUGGCAAGUUUGUGGGGUGACAACUUUUAUUUGUCAUUAGUUUCAACCUUCAGUCCUAACAGCAUAUUGUUUUGCCUCUCUUAAUGGAAUCCUGGGUUAUUAUGAUGAUAGUGUGUCUGUGUUUGAGAUAAUUCUGCUUUAAUGAAUAAUUCAGAGUAAACUAAGGUAACGAAAUAGAAAAAAAAAAAGAUGAUAGCAUCAUCCAGUAAGACAUGACUGUUAUCUCUACAAAAUUUUGCAUGAAUCAUUUAUAGCAGGGGAUACAGGG